AUGCCUAUCUUCACUAAAACCAACACUAAAUUAUUUUUUGUGCAGCUAGACGCGGCUUUUGCCAUUAAUCGGAUUACAAGUGAGAACACUAAGUACACCUAUUUAAUUAAUUGCUUGGACGCGGAGAUUUUGUCUAAUGUUAGUGACUUGGUAUUUGACCGUCCAGCCGAGGCUCCGUUUUCUAAACUUAAAGAUCGACUCCUCGAAAUUUUCCAGAACUCUGCUGCUAAAAAGGCUAAAAUUUUGCUUGAAGAUCUGGCGUUAGGGAAUCAAAAACCCAGCGCUUUACUCCGUAAAAUGAGAGAGCUUUCAGCAAGCAAAAUUACCGAAAAAUUUCUUAGAAACUUGUGGCUCCAACGUCUCCCUAAAAAUAUUCAGACCGUUUUGGCUGUUAGCGGUGAUGAAAUAAACAAGCUAGCCAUCCUUGCUGACAAGGUUGCUGAACUUACAGAACCAACCCAACUGGCCAGCAUCAACUUAGAAGCCGAAAAUCCCGUAAUCAAACAUCUUGAACUGCAGAUUUUAGAACUCACAAAGAAGGUUACAGAACUUAAUGUAUCGCGUACUGCUCGUCCCCGUUAUCGUAGUAGAGAGAAAAACCGACAUGACCCGAAUUCGAAACACCGCAUUAGUUUACGCUCUCGAGAAAAAAGCCUCAGUCGUCAGGGAUAUUGUUACUACCACAAUAAGUUUGGAUCAGCUGCUUGGAAAUGUCGUUCGCCGUGUUCCUUUGAUCGAACUGCUGAUCAGAGAAACGACAGCAGCCAGCCAAAGUAACGGCUUGUGGAUCCAGCCUGGCUCCUAAAUAUAGCCGUUUGUUUGUGUAUGACAACAAAA